AUGUCACUUACCAUUCAAAAACUAUUUGAGAACUUCAUUGACCAGGCAGAACCUGAAGCUAUUGAGCUUUGUGCUGAAUUAGAGCUAUUAGAGGACAAUACCACGAAGAUGAAAACCAUGGUUUUUGCGUUUUUCCAAGAUUACAUCCAAGAGCUAAAAAAUAGCAUAGGAGCGCCCAAUGACGCCGGAUAUCCCCUGAAGAUGAAAUUCUUGGUACCUGCAACUAAGAAAACUGUGUUCAUGGAAGACCGAAAAUGCAUCCUGAACACUUGGUCGUUCGGAUAUUGGAACCAGUUUAGCACAAUAAAAAAGGAUAUCAAAAUUCUCUGCCAAAAGUACGACGAUAUCGCCGACGCUAAGCGAAAGUUUUCUAAUCGACUUUCCAGGGAGGCAGCAGCUCGUGGUAUAACAUUUGAUUCAUACCUCAAGGAUCUGGGGAUUCUUGAGAUGUUUGGCAAGUUUAAAAAAGGAAUGCGAACAAUUUAUCGCAAACUCGCACCGGCUGCGCAGAGGUUUGGCGCACUUCAAAUUGUCGCGCUGAAGGCAAAAGCUCUUAUGUGGAGAAUUUUUAAAGGCCCUAAAAUUUGGAAAACCAAGAAGUCAACGGGCUCAAUAGAGUGGGAGUUCACAAUUAGGCUUAACGUCGACUGGGCCAACGAGCUGGGAAGGUUGAAUACCAAGCUGACUGAUGAUAGAAUUUCCAAGGCUAAUGAUCUUGCGGAUUCCCGAUUCCCGGUGAUCAGCAAGUUCAAGCAACCAAAGGGCGAUCUGAAGAUUCUCAAAAAGAUUUUUGGUUGCAUAGAGGAAGGCACACAAACGGCUGGAAUCACCAACCACGGCCGCGAACCGUACGCACUGGACAUCAUCGGCGAAACCCUAGCUGAACUAAGUCUCGCAAAAUUCCUCGACGACAUAGACAACGGACGCCUCAAUUUAUUUCCGGGUGAAGACUCUGAGUCCGAAUCACCCCAAACCUGCCCGAAAACCCCGGAGAACGCCUUGGCCACUGACUUAUCUGAUGAUUUCGAAAGCAUGAAUUUCGACUUUUCUGAUAAUUUUUAUAGCAUGGGACCUUUGUCUACCGAGUCUAGAACGUCUCUAGUCUCCAGCCCCAACUCUGAAUUCAAAAGCCUUGAUCAGCUUGACAGAAUGGAUCUCGAUUAA